AGCGUACACAUCUUACAAAUAGUUCUGUGUGUUCACCAUUCUGUGCUUACGAUAAUGCGCACAGUUGGUACCCCUGGUGUGUUGAGAUGUGCUGUGGUGGCACCCCUGUGUCCAGGCUAGGACUAGCAGCAGGGAUGUUAUCUUUCUUCUCCAUUAUCAGUGCAGUGAUGACAAACAGCUGGUUAUAUGCACGGGAACCUCUAUCUCUUCCUGGAUCGAAAACAAAACAUUUCGUCUCCUUUAAAAUUGGACUGUGGAGAGUUUGCCCUGCUUUGAAAAGGAUCCUGACUUCCUCUAACACUCUACUGCCUAUACCUGGCUGUCAGCUGAUCACGUACGCAGGUUGGCGGGAAGUCAGAGAAGCUGAUCUAGGAAUAACCUGGUCGUCGUUGGAAUACACUCCGACAUUCAUUACGAAAAUGAGGUACGCCACACCGAUGGUAGCCCUGGCUGCGGCCAUGUUGGGGUUGGCAACACUGAUGGCAGUUUUAGGCCAUUGUCACAACGACUUUAGAACCCUUCUUGCUUCUGGGCUAUAUAUCAUAGGAGGUCUGGUGCUGGCCGGAGGUCUAGUUGUCUACGUCUCCGUCCUCUCAGACAUGGUGAACCCGGAGUUCCAGCACCGCUACGGCAGAUCAUUCCACGCCGCAAUCGCCUCCUGCGUGCUCUCCCAGGCUGCCGGCGUGCUCUCGGUCUUCGCCUUCCUCGGGAGGUUCCCCUCUGGAGAGGUCAUGGUGCGCGCCGUCGUCCCUGGAGCGGACCGACAGAUGAGGAAGGUCUACACCAUACCGUGUGAGAGAAAACUCCGCAACACCGGUGACUUUUGUGUGGUCAAAGGUACAAGCGAGGACAACACCUGUAGACCUGGACACACAUGUACACCCAGUGUCACGCCAUAUAAACCUCCUCAUAGACCAUUGACAGAUCCUCCUAUCAGGUACUCCAACAUCCUUCACCAAGGACUUCUUGGAGUAGCUCAGGACUCGUCCUCCUCAGGAUCGACGCCUUCACACAGGAGUGCAUGUACAAGGAAGUUCAACUCACUUCCUCGUCCUCCCAAGUUUCCGAGGAUAGAGGAUCCUCUAGAGAGCUUCUCAUUCCCCCGAAGAACUGUUAGUCCUCUGGACUCUGUUUCUAGUGGAAGUUUAAAUACGUGAUAGUUUUGUUCUAUAAGAAAAAACAAAUCGACGAAUCCCAUCCCCAUAAACUUAUC